GUUUUUCAGCAGGAAGUUCAGUCUCCCGGGCCGUACACACAGGGAACCAUCCGAAGAUACAUCGUCCAGAACAACGAGCAGGAAGUUCAGUCUCCCGGGCCGUACACACAGGAGACCGUCCGGAGAUACAUCGUCCAGAACAAUGAACAGCAGGAAGUUCAGUCUCCCGGGGCCGUACACACAGGAGACCGUCCGGAGAUACAUCGUCCAGAACAACGAGCAGGUAACGGGUUCCAGAAUCUACAAAUAGAAUCGAGAGAACAUUCCAGAACCAGAUACUCAGGAAGUUCAGUCUCCCGGGCCGUACACACAGGGAACCAUCCGAAGAUACAUCGUCCAGAAUCCGGAGCAGGAGAUGCAGAGCGGGACGAUCAGACGCUACAUCGUCCAAAAUCCCGAACAGGAUGUUCAGACGGAGACGGUUCGGAGGUACAUUGUGCAGAAUCCUGACCAGUCCUACCUGAAGGGAGUCAAUUACAUGCCGGCAAACAGCGUCAUCUACGAGAAGACCUACACGAGGCUGGACAAUGCUCCGACGGACAGACAGGUGCAGGUAGUGCGGGGGAGCAGCGCGUCAUCCUCCAUUAAUGAACAAGUCAUCGAGCAGAAUAAUCAGAGCAAGACCCAAUCCGUCCAAUCCGUCCAAUCCGUCCAAUCCGUCCAAUCUACAGAGAAUGUGGUGUCGGAGAAUUAUCAGCAGAAAGUGAACGUACAGAAUAUACAGAACACCGAGCAGGUGAAGAAGAGGAACAGCUCCGUCUCGGGGCCCGAACAGCUGGACGCGCGUUACUUCGGGGAACUCCUGGCGGAACUCAGCCGCAAGAACAACGACCUGUACAGCUGCCUCCUGCAACACGUGGAGAAGAUCGGCGCCAGGAAACCGUCGGAUUCUGAGUAUCAGGAAGACAUCGAAUCGCUGAUCCCUAAAGGCGUCUCUGAACUCACCAAACAGCAAAUCCGCUACCUGCUGCAGAUGAGGCAGACCUCCGAUAAGUCGAUGAAACUCGUUCUGGCCACCUUCAGCAGCCUGCGGGAAGAACUGGGACACUUACAGGACGAUCUGAAUAAAUUAGAAACUGCCAAAAAGUCUCUGGAGGGAGAUCUGAGCUUCAAGGACGACCAGAUCAGAGAAUACGAGACCAUCCUGGCCUCCCUGAGGGAGAAGAACCGCCUGCAGCAGCAAGAAUUGAAGGACAGUCAGAUGAAGCAGCGCGGAUUGGACGAGACGAUCUCCUCCCUGCGCAACGCUGACAGCGACAGAGAAUACCGACUGAAGGAGCUGGAGUACGCCAAGAACGCCAUGCAGCAGGAGAACAAGAAUCUGCGGGUCCAGGUCACCGAAACCGUCUCCAACCCCAUGCUGCAGUCCAAGACGGAUGAGGUGACCCGACAUUACAAGGAGAUGAUCGAGAACCUCCGGGAGGAGAAGGACAAGGAGGUCCGCUCCCUGCGGUCUCAGGUCUCCAAGUUCCAGCACGACAUGACGGUGAAGCAAGGCAGCAGCAGCGACCUGCAGAUGAAGCUCCUGGAGCUGACGUCCUCGCUGGAGGAGAGAGACUCGCUGAUCAAGAGGCAGCAGGAGGAACUUCUUCGGUUGCGCACACAGAGAGAGUCGAAGAACGUCACCCAGGAAGUCAUCACAAGGAAAUACAGCACCCAGUACCCCAUCCUGAGGCUGCUGAACGACUACAAAGACACCAACCCGGGGAUGACGACAUCGCAGACAUUCGUGCUGGAGCGAAGAUCAGACAGCUGGAAACAG